CCGGGAGUCGUGUGCUGGAGUCAGAGCUGCGUCUCCCGACCCAGGCGCGGGUUGCUGAAGGAGUGAGAGAACGAGCAAUGCUGCCGCCGCCGCCGCUUCCUGAUUGGCUGCGGGUGGCUCCCUCUUCGUCCUGAUUGGCAGCCGGUGAACCGGAUGAUGCUGAGCAAGGGCCUGAAACGCAAGCGGGGGGAGGAGGAGGAGGAGGAAAAGGAACCCCUGGCAGUCGACGCCUGGUGGCUGGAGCCCGGCCAUCCUGCAGUGGCACAAGCAACCCUCGCUGGGGCCUCCAGUUCCCUCUUGGACCUCUCGGUGCUCAAGCUCCACCACAGCCUGCGACAGAGUGAGCCGGACCUACGGCAUCUGGUCCUGCUGGUAAAUACACUGCGGCGCAUCCAGGCGUCCAUGGCGCCUGCAGCUGCCCUGCCAUCUGUGCCCAGCCCACCCACAGCCCCCAGCGUGGCCGACAGCCUGCUGGCCAGCUCGGACGCCAGCCUCUCAGCCUCCAUGGCCAGCCUCCUGGAGGACCUCAGCCACAUCGAGGGCCUGAGCCAGGCCCCGCAGCCCCAAGCAGAUGAGGGGCCCACUGGCCGCCCCACUGGGGGAACCCCACCUGACCUGGGUACCUUGGACCUACUGGGCCCAGGCACUGGUUGUCUGCUGGACGAUGGGCUGGAAGGCCUGUUUGAGGACAUUGACACCUCUAUGUAUGACAGUGAACUUUGGGCACCAUCCUCUGAGGACCUCAAACCCAGCCCUGAGGGAGGGCCGGGGAAGGAGGAAGCUCCUGAGCUGGAUGAGUCGGAGCUGGACUACCUCAUGGACGUGCUGGUGAGCGCGCAGGCGCUGGAGCGGCCACCAGAACCCGGGCGCUGACACCCGGGCCUGAGUGGCUGUCUGGUGACCAAACUGAGCCUGAUGGCUGCCUUGCUGUCCUUGGAAGGAGGCAGCUGAGAGGGCUUUGCAGAGACCGGAUCUAGGCCUGGGCAGCUUGACCUCCAUCCUCCGGUUGGGGUGGAUGGGGGAUGCGCCCUCAUGAUGGAAUGACAGGGUGAUUGGACUAGGCCCCGUGUGGGGCCGAACGCCCUAAGUCAGAGUUUGGGGCAUUCCUACCCUGGUUUGGGGGAACACCCCAACCGGGUUUUUGACAUUAAACAAAUUC